UCUCAGUUUGCUCUCUCUCCACAUCUCCGUUUCUUCCUCUCCCUCUAUCGGUUUCUCUUCUUUUUCCUCUACCUCUCUAUUUCUUCUUUGCCCAACAUCCAGAAAUCAUUUCUUCCAGCCGAACUCUCUCUCUUAUUCUCUGUGAAUCUUGCUUCCCAAGCCCCACAUCAGCUUAUCCAUCACUCGGCAGUAACCCCGGUUACAAGGGAUCAUCGAACUCUACCCUCUCACGCCGAAACCAAACACCCAGUGGCCACCGCUUGAAGACCCAAUACCAACAAAUUAACCCAGCCACCGUGAUCUGCCCCCCGGACUAGCCCAACCACUGUAAAACAACCCCCGUCUUAGCCACACGUUCAACCCAACCACCGUUGCACCGUAGCCUUUCCCUCCACCGUAAACGACCAUCACCAAAGCCCAAAGCCGCACCGUGCGUUACCACCUCCUUCACAACCUCAGCCGCAGCAACAAGCCGUUACCGUGAGAACGUUCCGCUCACAGAGCACUGCCCAAGAAAGCAAGAACCCACGUCCCUCCAUUGGCAGCCACCGUUUCUCGCUGGAAACGGCCACAAGACAAGGCCGCAGCUUGGACGUCGUGCUACUCCCGGGACCACCGUACCUCCACCGCCACGCAGCGGAGUCCACGGCCAACAGGAAGGCCCGUCAUCCCAGAUUCGCUUAUCUCCUCCCUCUCUGUCGCGAGUUGCACUCUCUCUGGUAGAUUGUUUGAGAGAGAUGGAAGUUGGUAGUCCCAUGGAACAAGAAAGGUCAAGAAAGGCAAAUCAUGUAGAUCAAGAAAUAUUAGAAGAACAAAAAGAUGACAUACUCAAAAGUAAGAACGACAUGCUAUCUCACAAAAAGCUGGCUCUUCGUGAUUCUUUCGAUUUAGAGGCAAGUAGAUUCACCACAAACCAAGGCUUGUCUCAGGUUGAAGAUUGGAAAACAAUAAUGAAGUUAGCAUUUCAGAGCAUUGGUGUUGUGUAUGGUGAUUUGGGCACUUCGCCUUUGUAUGUGUUGCCGGGAAUUUUCCCUACUGGGAUUAAGCACAAUGAUGACAUAUUUGGGGUGUUGUCUCUCAUCUUUUACUCACUUAUGUUAAUCACUUUGAUAAAGUACGUUUUCAUUGUGUUAGCGGCGAACAAUAACGGUGAUGGAGGAACUUUUGCUCUGUAUUCUCUCUUGUGUCGCCAUGCCAAGGCAAGCUUGACACCUAACCAGCAAGCUGAAGACAAAGAAGUGUCCAACUACCGACUAGAUGUGCCAAAUCGACGGCUCAAGAGGGCAUCCUUUGUGAAAUCCAUGCUUGAAAAUAGCCAAACAAUAAAGUUCUUCAUAUUGUUCAUAACCAUGCUUGGCACUUCCAUGGUUCUUGGAGAUGGAAUCCUUACACCAUGCAUUUCAGUAUUGUCAGCGGUGGGAGGAGUUAAGGAAGCUGCUAGUGGUCUGACUGAUAAUAUGAUCAUGUGGAUUUCAGUGGGAAUCUUGAUUGUUUUGUUCCAAGUUCAAAGGUUUGGGACAGAUAAAAUUGGAUACAGUUUUGCUCCAAUACUCACAAUUUGGUUUAUUUUCAUUGGAAGUAUUGGCUUGUACAACUUCUUUAAGUACGAUCCAGGUGUUAUAAAGGCAAUUAAUCCAAUGUAUAUCAUUCAAUACUUCAAGAGGAAUAAGAAGGAUGCAUGGAUUUCUCUUGGAGGCGUCAUCCUAUGCCUAACAGGUUCUGAAGCCCUCUUUGCUGAUCUUGGUCACUUCAGUGUUCGCUCAAUUCAGAUAAGCUCAUGCACUAUAGUUUUUCCAUCUGUUGUUUUUGCCUACUUUGGCCAAGCUUCCUAUCUCCGCCAACAUAGUCAAGAUGCUAGCAAUGCCUUCUAUAGCUCAGUUCCAAAAUCAAUAUACUGGCCAAUGUUUGUUGUCGCUGUAAUGGCAGCCAUCAUUGCUAGUCAGUCCUUGAUCUCAGCUUCCUUCUCCAUCAUCCAACAGUCAUUAGCGUUGGGUUGUUUCCCACGGGUUAAGGUAGUGCACACUUCAUCUAAAUACAAAGGACAAGUCUAUGUACCCGAGAUCAACACCAUUCUCAUGUUGGCUUGUGUGGGUGUCACUCUUGGUUUCAAAAACACAUUGAAGAUUGGUAACGCUUAUGGAAUUGUUGUGGCAUUUGUAUAUACAAUCACAUCUGCAUUUCUUGUCCUUGUGAUGGUAAUGAUAUGGAAGACACACAUAUGCUUGAUAGUCAUCUAUGCCCUAUCUAUAUGGCUCUUGGAACUCCUAUUCUUGAGCUCAGUUCUCUACAAAUUUAUGGAUGGAGGGUAUCUUCCUUUGUUAUUUGCCAUGGUUACGAUGACAAUUAUGUAUUUAUGGAAUUAUGGCUAUCGCAAGAAGUACAUUUAUGAGCUUGAUAACAAAGUUUCUCCGGUAAAAUUAGUUGAGAUAGCUUCUGAUACUAGCAUCCACUGGAUCCCAGGUCUUGCAUUGUUUUACACUGAGCUUGUCCAAGGCAUUUCUCCAAUCUUCACACAUUAUGUAGCCAAUGUCCCAGCUCUUCACUCAGUUCUUGUCUUUAUCUCGAUCAAAUCCCUACCUAUUUGCACAGUGCCUCUGGAAGAUCGAUUUUUGUUUAAAAGAGUGGAGCCUCGUGAGCUGAGCAUUUUUCGAUGUAUUGUGCGGUAUGGAUACAAGGAUGCAAGAACAGAGUGGGAGUUUUUUAAGGAGAUGUUGACAAUUCAGUUGAAGGAUUUCAUAAGAAAAGAUGUGUUCAUGUCUAGGCUGCCACACACUACAAAUAUGGCUUCACACGAAUCAGAUGAUAACGAAGUUUCAAGGCUGAGAAUUGAAGAGAUAGCUCAAAGGGAGGUAGAGAAAGUGGAUGAAGCUUUGAAUGUUGGGGAUAUUGUUCAUCUUAUGGGUGAAAAUGAGGUGGUUGCUUCAAAGGGUUCAAGCUUCUUGAAGAAAUUAGUUAUAAACUAUGCCUAUAAUUGGUUGCGAAAAAGUGUAAGGCAAGUUGAUGAAGUUUUUAUGAUUCCUCGCAAGCGACUUCUCAAAGUGGGGAUGACUUAUGAUGUCUAAUAUUAGAGUUUUGAUCAAUUCAAUGUGGUUUUUUUCCUUCUAUUUUGUUAAUUAGACUUCUCAUGUGAAGGAUAU